AUAAGGAGAGUGAGUGAGUGAGUGAGUGAGAGAGAGAGAAGAUUGUUUAGGGUUUUUGGUGAAAAGAGAGAGUGUUAAGUGUUGUGCCAUGGCAUGUUUAGACAUGUAUAACAAUACAGAACAACAACAGCAACAUCAAAACAGCUACUGUUCAUCACAAAUGAGUCCAAGAAUUUCAUUUUCACUAGAUUUUGUUGAUACCCAGAGAAUGAAUAAUACUACUCAAAGGAGAGAUUACUAUCAAUCACCACCAGCUUCUUCAGAUUUCGAGUUUUCUAUUACUGAUAACUAUACUAUGAUGGCUGCACCUGCUGAUGAGCUUUUUUCUAAAGGAAAAUUGUUACCGUUCAAGGAUACUUCAAACAACAACACCAAGAAGAUAACUUUGAGGGAUGAACUUCUCAAUGAUCAGAGCACAGGUAGUACUCCAUCAUCAUCAUCAUCAAGACCACCUAAGAGUCCAAUCAGGUGGAAAGAGCUUUUAGGUCUGAAAAGAAACAGGAACAAUAACAAUGUGUCCUCCAAAAAACCAUCUUCAAAGAUGGGUAAUGAAGAAGUGCAAGCUAACAAAACUCAACAGGAAAUGGUACAUAGUGAUGGGGGUUUCAGUUUUCAAGAUUCAGAAGCAUAAUGAGCAAGAAAAAAGAAGAAGAAUUUUUUGAUGAAGUAAAAGUUAGCUUUUUUGUAGAUUGGGGGAGUGAGAUAGAUUUUGGGAUUAAUUUUCUUUUUUGUUGUUAAGGAGAAAUGGGGGGUAAACAUUGUUUAAAGCUGCUAAUUUUAGGAUGACAAUAUUUUAGGGUGGUGGUGGUAAAUGGUGCUUUGU